AUGGCCAUUAAGCGUCUUAAUCGUCAAUUUGGGCAAGGAGACCCAGAAUUUUUGAAAGGGAUCAUGUUGCUUUCCAGAUAUACACAUCAAAAUCUUAUCUCUCUUCUGGGAUAUUGUGAUGAAGAAGAUGAGAAGGUUCUUAUAUAUGAACUUGCAUCCAAGGGAAGUCUCGAUAAGCACUUGAGUGAUCCCGGUCUUACAUCGGCACAACGAAUCAAGAUAUGCCUGGGGGUUGCAAAGGGAUUAAGUUACCUUCAUGAUCCUCAAGGAACUCACCAACGAGUUCUUCAUUGUGAUAUAAAAAGUGCCAAUAUUCUUCUCGAUGACAGUUUGACCGCUAAACUUGCUGAUUUUGGGCUAUCCAAAAUAGGCCCUGCUAAUCAGCAGAACUCGGUUCUGCUCACCAAUGCCUUGGGUACUGCAGGAUAUUGUGACCCACUAUUUAUGACGACUUAUACCCUAACGAAAGAAUCAGAUGUAUACUCUUUCGGCGUCGUCUUAUUUGAAGUUCUUUGCAGGAGAUUAUGCUAUGAAUAUAGCAAUGGUCUGGUUAAGGUUUUCGUUAACAAAUGGAAAAACAUGUGCGCAGAGAAUUGA